UACGGGCGCGACCAUCCGCGCUGCGGCGGCGGCGACUCGGCGCUGCCUCAGUCUGCAGCGGGCAACCGAAGAGUCGCGUCGUGCCUGAGAGCGCAGCUGUGCUCCUGGGCCCCGCGCGGUCCGCCCCCGCGGCUCCUGACCAGACUGCUCCUAGGACCCCCUGCCCCGCGCCGCAGCCAUGAACUACCUGCGGCGCCGCCUGUCGGACAGCAACUUCAUGGCCAAUCUGCCAAAUGGGUACAUGACAGACCUGCAGCGCCCGCAGCCACCCCCGCCGCCGCCUGCUGCCCCCAGCCCCGGAGCCACACCCGGUUCCGCGACUGCCACUGCCGAGAGAGCCUCCGUGUCUGCCCCUGUGGCCUCUCCGGCUGCCCCUAGCCCUGGGUCUUCGGGGGGUGGUGGCUUCUUCUCGUCGCUGUCCAACGCGGUCAAGCAGACCACGGCGGCCGCGGCUGCCACCUUCAGCGAGCAGGUGGGCGGCGGCUCUGGGGGCGCAGGUCGUGGGGGCGCUGCCGCCAGGGUGCUGCUGGUCAUCGACGAGCCCCACACCGACUGGGCAAAAUACUUCAAAGGGAAAAAGAUCCAUGGAGAAAUUGACAUUAAAGUAGAACAGGCUGAAUUCUCUGAUCUCAACCUCGUGGCUCACGCCAAUGGUGGAUUCUCUGUGGACAUGGAAGUUCUUCGGAAUGGGGUGAAGGUUGUGCGGUCUCUGAAGCCGGACUUUGUGCUGAUCCGCCAGCACGCCUUCAGCAUGGCUCGGAACGGAGACUACCGCAGUUUGGUCAUUGGGCUGCAGUACGCUGGAAUCCCCAGCGUUAACUCUUUGCAUUCUGUCUACAACUUCUGUGACAAGCCCUGGGUGUUCGCCCAGAUGGUUCGACUGCACAAGAAACUGGGGACAGAGGAAUUCCCUCUAAUCGAUCAGACCUUCUACCCCAAUCACAAGGAGAUGGUGAGUCUGGGGGAGUAGGAUGGGCUGGAGGGAGAAGCGUCAUGUUACCAAUGGCGUGCUGGCAGCCAGUGCGGCCAGUGUGUGCAUGUGGAGAGUGAAGUUGCUUCGCAACAGGAUUUAUUAAUACCACGAAUUUACUUAUGUGCUUACAAG